CUUUUGCGCUCUCGGUUCGCUCACAGAGGGAGGAGCAUCUCGGCAACCGGAGCUCUGCGCCAAAGUGCAACCUUCCUUCCUUCGUGAGCGCAGCAGGUUUGGCCGGUGGCCCUGGAGCCGAAGCCGAGUCACACCUCCACAGUGCGCCGAGCGCGGCUGCAGCGCGGGGCUCCAGCUGGACACGGGGUCGAUGCCCGACGCGGCUCACAGGAGCAGCAGGUACGAUCGCACGUGUCAAGAAGAAAGAGACGUACACUCGCGUGACUCGGCUCGCGAUGGAUACACCCUUAGACCACUGGUUUUGGCAGCAGGAGUACUGGCUCCCUCCCGGCAUCACCUGGAAGGACACCGAGAUGAAGAGGGGCCUGCAGAAUCCAGCGCCUCGAGAUCUGCUGCUCUCCCUGCCUUUGGCUCUGGGCUUCAUGGUCCUCCGCUACAGCUUUGAAAGGAAAGUGGCUCUCCCCCUGAGCAGACUGCUGGGUGUGCAGAACCAGAGACGGGUCCAAGUCUCCCACGUUCCGAAGUUAGAAGCCUUUUACACCCAAAGGAGUCACCAGCCGUCUCAGAGCGAGGUUGUCGUCCUGGCUAAGCAGUGCGGUCUCACUCCGAGACAAACCGAGACGUGGUUCCGUCGCCGCGGGAACCAGGACAGGCCGACCAAAACCAAAAAAUUUUGCGAGGCCUGCUGGAGGUUUGCGUUCUACCUCAUUGCAUUUAUGGCAGGUCUUGCUUCUCUGAUCGACACCCCGUGGUUCUGGGAUCAGAGAGAGUGCUGGCGGGGAUACCCACGGCAGCCUGUCGCCGAGGCUCACUACUGGUACUAUGUCACGGAGCUCGGCUUCUACUGCUCUCUCCUGCUCAGCAUCACGGCGGAUGUCAAGCGCAAAGACUUCAAGGAGCAGAUCAUUCACCACGUUGUGACCGUUUUGCUGAUCGGCUUCUCGUACUGCGGCAAUUACGUCCGCGUCGGCACACUGGUCAUGCUGAUCCACGACUCGUCGGACUUCCUGCUCGAGUCUGCCAAGAUGUUCAACUACGCUGGCUGGCAGAGGACAUGUGACGCUCUUUUUGUCAUUUUUGCCACGGUCUUCCUGGUCACUCGCCUUGUGGUUUUUCCCAACAGAAUACUCCAUACCACCCUUGUCUUAAGCAUGGAGUUCUUCGCACCCUUCUUUGGUUAUUAUUUCUUCAAUUUCCUCCUGCUGGUGCUCCAGGCACUGCAUGUCUUCUGGGGCUACCUCAUCCUGCGUAUGAUCUACAAAUUUGUCUUCCUAGGAAAGGUGGAACGAGAUGAACGCAGUGACGAAGAGAGCGGCGACGAGGAGGACGAAAGAGGAGAGAAGGAGGAAGAGUCAAUGUGGGAAGAAAGAAAAUGUGUCCUCGAUUCUAGAUUGGCGGCCCUGGCCAACAAGUGUGCGCUCAGCAACCUGACGAACGAGAAGAGUGCUCCGGCCAGUGCCGUCCCGAAGUCCAGAUGGCACAUCGCUUCUCCGGCAAAUCCAAGAGUUAGGAUAAAUUAGAACUCGUGUCAAUUAUCGGAGAUGGUCCCGUGAGAAUUUCAGACUUAAAUUCUGACACUGAAACCAAUGGGAAAUGCUGGGAAAUGUGCGGAUGACCAAAUUUUUUCCUUUUUGAAAUGUUAAUAUUUCACGCUUUGAAAUAUUAAGCGCAAAUGAGGUUUUACAUACAUCAAUAUUUGAUAAAAAUUCAGCAGAAGAGUAUCAGAAUUUAAGUGACAGGAUACUUAUUGCGACUGUCUGAGUCACCCGCAUAGCACAGGCAUGGCCGAGCGUUCACGCGGUGCCUCCGCUGAAGUGCAGACACUGAGGCUGUGAUUUAUUCGAGAUGACUGAAACGGGAACUUCAGAAUCUUCACGAAAUGCCAUCUCGGAAGAGCGAAAAAUAACCCACGUUCACUUUCUGUGAAGUUAGAGGCUCCGAGGUCUGCUUCGCUACGGGCCGAUAUUGGCCGAAAGGCCUUCACGCGACGCUGGCAGCCGGCGUAGUUGCGUACACACACACGAUGAAAUAAAACAAACGUCAACAUAUUUGACACACCAGCCAGCAAUCUUUUUUCCUCACAAGUUGUAGAUUACUAUGAAGCCUGAAUAUUUGUACUUUUAACUGUACUGUAUGUUAUUUAUUGCGUGAUCAGUUUGGUUACUGUGAAGGGGCAGCUGUCUCGAAUGUUCCUCUGCUCUGUCUCUCUUUUCCACCUGCUUGGAUGACGGACUCUUCGUCAAAAGCGAAACACCUCACGGCGGAAGCAGCUCCGCGGCCGUCGCUGCGACCAAAUGGGUGUCCUUAACUACUUGGAUUGAGUGACGCUGACCUUCCCGGGAGCGCACACGUCACACGAUGGGCUGCAGCUGAAAGCGAGGACCUCCCGAUUAUCCAUACAGUUUUGAGAGUCCUUCGUCGUUGACUUGUAUUGUCUUCACGAAGGCGAGUGUGAAAAAGUCUCCCUCUGCUGUUGAGUAAUGGCAGGAUGCGUGUGCAGCUCCUACGUGAACCUUCACGGCUCCCGACGAACGACACGGCGGAGUGCUGUUCGCGUCCAUUUAUUGUAGCGCUCACCUAUUCAACUUGCUGACUCUUUUCUCUUCGUUGACGAAG